AUGGCACCGCUGCAGCUGCUGCUGCUGCUGCUGCUGCUGCUGCUGGGCCUGGCCCCCAGUCUGGCCGGGCCCCUGGAGCCCUGCCCGGGGCUCUGCCGCUGCCGCAGGCACCGGCUGGACUGCAGCGGCGCUGCCCUGGCCCGCGUGCCCCCGGCCACGCACCAGCGAACCUUCAUUAUCCUGGAUUUCAGUGGGAACGCGCUCGCCCUCAUCCCCACGCAGGUGUGGCAGGGAUACCCGUGGGCUGAGAAGCUGGUCCUCCAGCACAACAGCCUGCGGGCAGUGAAGAGGCGCUCACUGGAGGGGCUGCUCCUGCUGAGGCACCUGGAUUUAUCUUACAACAAAAUCCAGGCGAUCGAGGCAGAUGCGUUUGAGAACCUUCCUUUCCUGGAGACCCUAAACCUGGAGGGAAAUCUCCUCACCGAGAUCCGGAGUGACGCCUUCCGGGCAUGGCACGGGAUGCAGUUCCUCCAGACACUGGUCCUGGGCCAUAACCCCCUGUCUGUUAUCGAGGACCCGUGGUUCUUCAAGCUGCCUUCAGUCACGCACCUGGACCUGGCUGCCACACGAGUGACUCGGCAGACGCUGCUCGUGCUGCUCCUGAGAACAUCCCGCUUGGAAACACUCAAGCUGUCCAACGACACGGCCUGCUGCCUCUGCCAGCACAAGCACAGCACCGAGACCCCGUGCAGGACCCUCAGCUUCGACUGCGUGAGCGUGUGCAGCACCAGUGCUCCCCGCUGCGCUCCCCUGGCAGAGACACCAGGGCCCCUGACGGGAGCCGUGCCACCCAGGAAGGGGAAGAGCAGCUCCACGUUGAAGAUCCAGCCCAAGGAGCCCUCGCUCAGGGAGCAGAGAACAGUCACGCUCACGGUUGUCCUAAGCCUGAGCAGCCCCGAUGCGUCGGCACCUUCCCCUCAGCAGCUCUCGAGCCAGGAGAGCAACACCGCCAAGGAGCUGGUGCGGAUGCUGCAGAGCGUUCAGCACAGGGGCUGGAGCAGCUCCACUGACACCAGGAGGUUCUAUUCUCUGGCAGAGGGGCUCGUGGCACAGCUCAAGACCAAGCUGCACAAGGCCGUGAGCAUCUUGACUGUGAAAAGCCCCAGCACAGCCCAACCAGCGCAGAGCGACGAGGGGCAGGAGAUGCCAGCAGGACAGGGAGGAAGAGCCACAGGCUGGGAACGCCGUGAACCUGGCCGGCACUUGACCCGGGCAGAAUCCGUCCUUUGGGAAGCAGUCCAGAGGCUGGACAUCAGUGACAUCCUGCCUGUCUCCGGCCACCAGCGAGCACCUCCUGCAGCACAGCUCCCUACACCAAACCCAACAGAGGCCCCGCAUCUGGCCCAGGCUGGUUGGAAUCACAGUCACACCAAUGCCCUCCAAGAAAGCAACACGGCGGAUGGGAUGGAGGAUGAGGAGGGGGCAGAAGUCCAGGAGGAAGCACCAGCUCCAACUCCGGACUCUGCUGGGACCAGCAAGGAGCAGAAGCUGCAGGACAGUGAAAGGACAGUGGGCAGCAAGGGUGCAGAGGAAGAGCUCCCAGCAGCAGAGGGUGGAGCAGAGCAGAGACUGAGCAGUAUGCAGCAUUUCGUCCAUGCUCUGCCGGCUGACAACGGCCCCCCUGCUGCCAGCAGCGCUCCAGAGGCCACGGCUGCAGCAGAGCGUUCCCCUCGGGGCGGGAGCCCACCCAGCACCCCUGCAAGCACCACCAGGCGCGGGCAGCACAAGGGGCAGGAACCGCCCGUCCCAACGGCACCCGGCAGCUCCAGCGCCCCGGGCAGCGCGGCCACACCAGGAGCCGCCUUUGACUUCUUGUUCAGCCGCCACCGGCACUCACUGGUGCCAGACCGAGCCCUGCACGAGUUCAUGGCACGCGUGGCUCGAGCCCUGCGUGGGGACUGUGGCCUGCCCCAGCUCCAGCCGGCCUGCUCCAGCAUGGUCUCGAGGAUGGGGCUGCUCCUGAAGCUGCUGAGCGAGAGGCAGCGUGACCCGGAGCCCUCUGACCUCCUGGAGCAGUGUGUGUGGGAGGAGGAUGCCGGCACCUCGCAUCCCCGUGCCCAGCCCAAGGACAUGGACAGGGAUGGGAAUGGAAGGGGCCUCCUUUUCCUUUCCUCUCCACCCUAA